AUGGACACUUUAUCAGAGCAUUCACAACGAACUUGGGAGGGGGUUCGAUUACUCGCGCGGAGCUGA